CUACUGCCCAUGUCAUAUAACCAGUCCAGUAGAACACAAGCAUUUCUCUAAUGGCAGCUUAUGGGGAUGAGAGGAAGGCAGAGAACUGUCGACAAGAACACAGCACUUGAAGCAGAAGGUCUCUUCCUCCUCCUCCUCCUUUCUGGUCCCCAAUUUUGAUUGCAGGGAAGACGUCCAUGCAGCUCAGUCAAAGCAUAGAAAGCAACAACUCCUCUUCCUCUUCCCCACACCCACACACACACACACACAUGCAUGCAUGAGCAUGGAGAAUUAGAAGGGCCACCGGCACCAGCUCAUCUCCAAGCCAAGCAAGUACGCCAUGGCCAUUAGAGCCUUCUACCUCUCUUCUUUAGAGGCAGUCGUUUCGGGGAGAAAGAGAGGAGCGGAUACAUCUCAUGAGCUCCGUUUCUCCAGAUUCCAUGGCUUCUCCGUCUUUCUCCCACUAAACUAAUCCGCCAUGGCAGAUUCCCAAUCAUCCUUCUCCCUCCACAGCAGACACCCACCAUCAUUGCUGUCUUAGGAAGCUGAGCUAAACCCCUCCUUAAAACCCCCUCCUCCUUCCCUGUCAUUCCAACCCACCGAGCUCCCAUCGCCUCCACCAUGAAGCCUUCCUCCAGCUCCCUCAACAGCUUCUUCUCCUUCCUCACCCAUGGCCUCGACGACCUCGACCAGUCCUUCGCGGCGGAGGCCUUCAUGUCGCUCCAGCUCCUCCAGCGCGCCGUGGCCCUCCUCCGGUCCCUCCACUCCCAGCUCACCCACCUGGUGCAGAAGCUCCACCUCCCUGUUGGUGGCACUUGGCUCGACGAGUACAUGGACGAAAGCUCCCGCCUUUGGGACGUCUGCCAUGUGAUCAAGCACGGCAUCUCCGGCAUGGAGAAGUACUGUUCCACCGCAGCCGCCAUGAUCUCCUCGCUCGACGAAUGGCGCCGUAAUCCCUCCCCCCACCUCACUCGGCAGGUGGUGAGGGCCAUCUCCAUUUGCCGGAGAGAGGCCAUGGGACUGGAAGAGGAGAACAGAGCACUCGCGGAGACGCGGAUCGAGCCCGUCUCGCUCCGGUUCGACGACCGUGCGCCGAUGGAGUCCCGAUACAACGGAUUCAAUGGCUUCAGAGGCGUGCUAUACGCGCUAAGGAACACCAGCUCUUUGCUCCUGACGAUCCUGCUCUGGGGAUCGGUCGCCUGCUGGCCCGAGCUGGCGGCCAUCGAGGGCUGCUCCCUAUUCUUCGGCUCCGGGUUCAUGGCCUCCAUGGCGAGGCUGCGGCAGCGCCUGGUCGGGGAAACGGAGACCAUGGGCGGUCGGCCGGGAAUUCUCAUGCACGAGUUCCGGCAGAUGAGGGCGGCGGUCGAGGAGCUACUGGAGGAGCUGGAGGGAGCUGCGGCCAUGGGGUGCGACUCACAGACCACCGGAGGAAGCCUGAAGGAGAAGGUGGAGGCACUGAAGGCGUGGUUUGGGAUGCUGAGGACUGGAACAGAGAACCUUGUGGGGCAAAUGGACGACUUCUUUGAUGAGAUUGUGGAGGCAAGGAAGAAGCUGUUGGAUCUGUGCAGUCACAGGUGAGUAGAACCAGAAGCAGACAUGGAGACUUCCAGGACAAGGAAGAAGGAUGUGAUGGGGGCAUGAAUGAAUGAAUAUUUACUGUAGCAACCCAAGAAAGAAGAUGACUGCCGUAAGAACACAAAGUAUUUUACUCUCUCUCUCUCUCUCUCUCUCUCUCUCUCUCUCUCUUUCUGCAACCAGACAAGGAUGAGGCUUGUCCUGUGGAAGUGGUAGGCAGCUUGCAAUGUGGAAGGAAGGAAAGAAAGAAAGAAAAGAGAGGAACCUUUUCAUUGCA